UUUUUUUUCUAAAAAUGAAAAGAAAAACAAUUGUUCUCGUACAAUAGUAAUACAGUGCACAAACUUUAUUUGCUCUUCAUAUUAUUGGUUUAGAUAGUUGUAUAUUGAUGAGUGCAACAAAAUAUUUCAUUUGCCCAUAAAGUAAAAAAAAAAAUAAAAAAUAAAAAUUAUUUCAAUCUUAUGAACCAUUAGAUUUCUCAAUUUCACUCUCCCUUUUCUCCUAACAUAAAAUACAGAUUUUGUUAUUACUAUAGGACAUAGUAUUUGUUACUUAUUUCAUAAAGUAACAUGUUAAAUAAUCAUAGUUAACAAUCAUUAUUACUUCAAGUUCAUCAUGAUGUCAACCAAUAUGUAUAUAAUCAUGUAUGUAUCCCUUUGUGUAUAUAUAUGUCAUAAGUCAUUUUCUGAGGAUAUUAUAUAAGUUUUGUUUUAAAAAAACAAAACAAAACAAAUGAAUAAAUGAAUGAUGACUUUUAACUUAAUAACUUGGAUAUAAAAUACAUUUAUUUACAUUAUUUUUAUUCUUCAAUUAAAUAAUCAUUAUCAAAAAUAAUAUGAUAUAAUAAGUUUGAUUACUCAAUUGGACAAAGUUCAUCUUUAUUGAUUUUGUUUACUUUGUGAACAGUGUAAAAUAGUACACAAUCACUCUCUCUUUCACACAUACACAUAUACAUAUACAUAUAUAUUCUUCAAUGUUCACUUAUGAUAUCAGCUCAUUUUACGUGAACUAUUGAAUAGUGUAUUAGAAUUUAACGAAUAAUUCAUUCAGUUGAUUCAUAACCAAUUAUUCAUUGAUUUUGGUCAUUCUCUUUGAAUGGCACUAACAAGUGUUGUAACUCCUUAUAAAGUCGGAAUGUCAGGUGAUAUCAUACCAAAUAAUUUCGAUAUGAUACCUUAUUCCACUUUUCAUACAGCUUUAUUACCACAUCCAAAUCCAUUAGGACCUGGAAAUCUAUCAAAUAUUUCAACAGGUUUAAUGCUUACAGCACAACAACCAACUGGACAAAAUCCUUAUUGUCCACCAAUAACUCUUACUAAUGGAUAUUAUACAAAUGUUAGUUAUCCACAUAAUGCAGAAUCGUUUUGUUAUGUACAACCAAAUGAUGCUAAUUCAAUAUUAAAUGCAUAUCAUACAUAUCCUACAUCAAUAAAUUUACCAUUACAUGCAACAAAUAUAACAUGUGAUAAGUUAUAUACAUCUAAUAAUCAUAUAAAUAGUAACAAUCAUAAUAAUAACAAUCAUAAUCAUAAUCAUAUUACUGCACAGAAUCCAUUACUUUCAACAAUAAAUACAAAUCAUAUUACUAUAAAUAAUAAUUAUAAUGAUAAAAAUGAAUUAAGCAAGAGAUUAGAAAUGAUAGCGGUUGAAAAAUCUAAUACUUUAUUAGAUGAAUCAUCACAAGGACUAAUUGAUAAAUCAACUAUAUUAUCAUCAUUGUCAUCUACAUCUACAUCAACAACUACAACAAUUAUUACACAUGGUGAAAAUGGAAAUGUUCAACAGAAUACAUCAUUAUUGGUACUACGAUUAUUGAUGUCUGGAAAAGAAGUUGGAAGUAUCAUCGGCAAAAGGGGAGAAAAUGUGAGAAAAUAUAGAGAGGAAAGUGGAGCCAGAAUUAAUAUAUCAGAUGGAUCUAGUCCAGAAAGAAUUGUCACUAUUACUGGAACAACAGAACAAAUUUAUGUUGCAUUUACACUAAUGAGUCGUAAAUUUGAAGAUGAUUUUACACAAGGUUUAUUACGAAUGGGUGAUGAAACAGUCAAUUGUCCUCCAGUGACCAUACGUUUAUUAGUUCCAGUAGCUCAAUGUGGUUCAAUAAUCGGUAAAGGAGGAUCCAAGAUUAAAGAUGUUCGUGAGUUAACUGGUGCAUCAAUUCAAGUUGCUAGUGAAGCUUUGCCGACAUCCACAGAAAGAACAGUUACAAUAUCAGGUACAGCGGAGGCAAUUUCCAAAUGUAUUCGAUUAUUGUGUGAUAUAUUUUUAGAGUGCCCAAAUAAAGGUCCGGUCAUUCUUUAUCGACCAAAACCCGUGAUUGGUAAUCCAGGAUUAAUAUGUCCUGCCACUACAUUUUCAUCUGGUUUACUGCAUUCAAACCUGUCUGGACUUCCACUUUCAGUGUGCGAGAAUUCACAUGAAUCAGGAUAUACUACACCAAUGUUAACAUCAGCCUCGUUAUUAUCAAACGAAGUGAACUCUGUUAGUCCAACUACUUUAAAUAGAACUUAUACAAAUCAGUUUGGGAUACCAUCUGGUAUUUUAUCUGGAGGAACUGGAGUAUCUGGUUCAUGUAAUGUUGGAUGUGGUGUUAAUAAUGCAUCUAUUGUACCUAAUCUACCUACAGCAAAUACUAUUCAAUCUCCCCUAACAGUAAUUGGUUCUGGUCGACCAGUUAGUCAAAUGUCAGAUCUCAUUUCAGAUCAAGUUCAUUUGUUUGCUACAUUGAAUCAAUUAGAUUUAGCUAAUUUUCAAUCAUAUUUUUCAUCGAUUUUGGCUCCAUUACCAAAUACAAAUCCAAUUGCAAAUGGGAUGCAUUCCAUUGGACAACCUUUGAAUAUGCCAGAAAUAGCUCUUACUCCUGGUAUACUUGGUUGUUACCCAACUCCAACAGCUGCUGCUCUACCAAUUGUUGGUUCACCUAAUAACUAUAUGUUUUCUUCACCUACAGCUCUUCUUAAAAUAUCAGAUAGACUGCCCGAAGAUCAAUUUACAACACCAACAUCUAAUAGUCUUAGUGACAUAAUUGUUAAUCAAUCUGAUAUAUGCAUGAAUAAUAAUAGUAACAAUGCAUCACCAAAUAGUUUAUCCAUCUGUAAUGGUUCAUUACCUAUUGACUCAAAUAAUAAUUAUACAUCACUUUCAACUCCACUAGAUCCCAUAAAAUCAUUUUGUGGUCUACAGAAUACAGCAUCUUUACUUGGUCUUCCAUCCCUGUCAAUCAAUACAAUUUUAAAUCCUCAACAACAAAAUUCAUUAUUUUCUUUGGCUAAUACAGAAGAGAGUAUUAUUGUCCGAGAGAUGAUUAUUUCUAAUGAUGUAAUCGGUUGUAUUAUUGGACGUGGUGGUACAACAAUCAAUGAAAUUAGAAACGCAUCUAAAGCACAAAUCAAAAUAUCCAACUGUGAAGAUGGUGCAAAAGAAAGAAAAAUAACAGUUUCUGGAAAGUUGGAUUCAGUAAAUUUAGCUCAAUUCCUUAUAAACAGCAGAAUGUAAUGUGUUUAUAUGGAAUGAUUUCUUAAUUACUUCCCUAUUAACAACAAUAAUAAUAAAUCUAUAUUUUCAAGUUUGAUUGACGACUUGCCUCCUAAAAUGUUAUCUACAGUUAUAAUAAUAAAGGGAGGCCUGCUUGAGCUUCUGGGCUACCUGUUCCUGCCAUCCAGAUAUUUCAACAAGUUAUCUAUUUUUGUUUGUUUUAAUAUAUCGUUAUGUCUAUUAAUCGCAUAACCUAUUCUGCUGCGUUUCUGAAAAGUGUACAACCUUUCGUUGUCAAAGUUACAAAAAACUCAAUAAAAGACAAUGUGGUUGCUGGCAAUAUACAACGAAAAGAAUGCACAUUAUUCAGAUGUUCAUUUACUGAACUGAUAACAUCUAACUGGCGAUCACUUAAUAUUUAUCGCCAGGACCGACCAAGAAUAAAGAAACGGAAUCUUGUUGAAAUACUUUACGCUGAGAAUUUUAUAUUGUACCAAAAAUAUAAUAUUGAAUAAAGCUGAUGAUGAUGAUAAUAAUAAUAAUAAUAUCAUAACUAAAUAAAUCAUAUUUAAAUGACAACUUUGAAACAAUAAUACAUAUCUCACCAGUUGGACGAGAGUAGAUGUCCACAAUCUGUCUAGAAAGAACCUUGAGAAUGAUUACGUUUAAUAAUUAUCAGUAUGAACAUCAUAAUUAUUGAAAUAUGGUAUUAAUCAAGUAACAUUUUCAGUUAAUUAUAUCUUAAGAGAUUGCUUACUGAUCAAAAAGGUUUCUUAAAGUUGGUCAUUGGAUUAUCGGAUUAAAAGCUGUAAACAACUCUCAAAUCAUUGGAGAUCAAGUUGUAAAAGAGAAUGAUAAUAAUCAAUUGUCAAUAUAUGUAUCUUUUGUAUUCAUUCAUCAAUAAUGUGAUUUAUUAUCUAAACUACCGAAAUCCCCUAUUUCAAAAUUUAAUUAACUACAAGUACCAGUAGCUCAUUAAAUCAACUUUAAUGGAGAUAUAUACUACUUCCAUUUAUUAUAACAUUGUAUUAAAGAUCGUCAAUUUCUAGCUAUACAUAUGAAUAAAUUUAACUUAGAUCUACACAAAAAAACUACCAAAUUUGCUACAUAGGCAACUACAAAUUAAAGUUUAUUUAAUAAUUGUUUCCAAGUGUAACAAGAAGUUCUAUAAAUCUUAUAAUUAAUUUUUAUGCAAAUGUAACAAAACUAUUUGAAAUAUCUAUAUUGUGUGGUCACUGGUAAUACUAACUAAUUAAAUUAGGUUGAUCAGUUUAAGUAAUAUCAAUAACAAUUACAUUAACGGUUAUAUUUAUCUACUGAUCUUCAUCUCCAAACUGAAUAAGUCUGUUUGGUAACAAAAUAUUCUAAAGUACUAUAAUCAUUUGGUAUAUCAGUAGACAAGAUGUCAAGAAGCAAGCUUAUAAACUAAAUGAUCACGUAAACAUGUUGGUUAUAGCUUCAGGGAAAUAGUUAUCAAACUGUGGUGUUUGAAUGAACUAAUGA